AUGAGCACCUCUCCUUCCACAGAGCUCGAACACCAAGGCGAUGCCACACCACAUCCACAAUUUCCCACCGAUGGAUUGCCUUUGAUAGGAAUUCCAAAUAACCCGACUUCAUUACAGCGGCCGCACACUCGAGCCCGCGAUGUCUUGGGCUAUCACCAAUUCCUCUUCAGGACCAUACCGACCAUUUUUCCAGCAAAGACUCUUUCUUACUGGAAAGACUAUAUUUGUCAAGAAGCUUGGGAAGUCGAGUAUAUCUAUGAUGCUCUUGUCGCUCUCGGGUCCAUGCAUCGUGCCACAUUGUUGCUAUCACAGAAAACCGAGAACGACCGCCAUCGAGGUCUAGACACCAAAGUGAUUGCUAUCCGGGCAUAUGCAAACGCUUUACAGGGUGUUUCCGAUAAUUUGGCUAGCAACCAAAUUCCAAUGGCCCUUCUUCUGGGUGUGCUCAUUCUCUUUGCAUAUGUGGAGUGCUUCGACGGGAAUGUUCCAGCUACAAUGCGACACAUCCGUAUGGCCCAACAUUAUUUCAAGGUAAUGUGCUCCAGAGACAGCCGAGAAUCGGAACAUUACAAGACAGCGAUCGAGUUAUGUCUCCAAGACUUGGACCUUAUUCGUCGUGUUACCUUACCGGACCCAAAAGAGAUCAAAAUGAUACAUCCGCUGUAUAGGCAAAGUCAAAGGCUUAGCCUAUCAAUAUCCUCAUCUCAGACUGCUCUAGACUCGUUGCCGAGAGAUAUGCUGCAGCAACUACUCGAUAUUGGCUCUAUGGACUCUGAAAUCAAGCAAUUGAUGUGGUGCCCAGUUGGUGUUAAUUUGAGACCAAUACCAGAGAAUAAAAUUCUGGCUAUAGUCGAGCGCCUUAGUUCAUGGAAAGCUGCCUAUGCCAUCCUGUUCCAUAGGUUCAUGGACGAUGAAGCACUAUCGGAUGCCGUGAACUUCAAUUUCGCGGCUUUGGACAAACUGCCUAUCCCCCCGCUCCCUCAUCCGAGUCUACCAGAAAAUUACUGCCUUGCACUGGCAAUAUACGCAUUUUACCGAGCGCGACUCUUUUGGGCGCUUAGUAUUUCCAAUAACGGAGACAGCAAUCUCGAACUCGACGCCUAUCACUUCAUCUAUCAGCUACUACGAUUCGUCAAGACAGCCACGGACAGGCCACCUCCAACCUCUCAUGACAGUCCAUUUGGAUGCGAAGCGUUGAAAAUAGGCUUUUCACCGAUGCUGUUCCUCGCGGGACAAUCCUGUCCAAACCCAACCUGGCUCCGUUGGAUAUCUUUCGAAUUAGACCGAGUCGGCCAAGAAGGCGUUUUCAAUAACAAAGCCUUUGCUUCAAGCCUUGACGUGCUGUCAACCCUCGAGAAGCAUGUCAGUCGAGAUGUAGGACUACCUUGCGUCGAGCGCUUCUCAUCGCCGAGCUCGCGCGUGCUUUCUAUUCUUUUCCCCGACAUGGAUGGCCGGGGCUACGUGACCUACUACGGCCAAGCUCGAGAUCGAGAUGCGGAUGGUGGUAGCUUAUAUUCUCCCUUGUGCAUUGCCCGCUGGUCGGAUUUUGUCAAUGGAGGCAAGCCCGUUGUGAAUACGUUUGAUGGGGAUCGGGGCACCGUGUUCAGUGAAUGGGUGUUGGAUCAGAGUUUGGUUAAAGAGUGGUUGCAGUGGUUGACUUUUUCGGAAUUCGAUCUCAAUCAGACUCUUCGUGAUCAUAUGAAUGGGAGCCGAUUAUUGCCUAAUCGUGAUGAAAUGAAUUGGUGA